UUUCCCCUUCAAUAUAUUAAAAAAAAAAAGAAAGAAUUUGAAAAGAAAAUAGAUGGUUCUUUUUCUUGAUUUACCUACUGAAUUAUUAUGUCAUUUGUUGACAUUUUUCGAUAAUCCUUCACAUUAUCAUCAACUAUGCAUGAUUCAUCCUCUGCUUUAUCGUAUCGGACGCUCAUUCAACAGCCGCUACUCAUUUCUCUCUCGUACUCUGAUUGUCGACGACCAAGAACAACAUUAUCGAUCCAUUCUUUGUCGGUUUUUGGCUUCUUCAUCUAUUCCUUUUCCAUCUGUAUACGCCAUUGACCUCAUGGAGUUGGUUCCUACCUCUCAUUUUUGCAACUUCAAGGACUAUCCUGACAUUCCCACCAAAAAGUAUCUAUUACAAUUCUUUCGCACACAACGACAAACUUAUUAUCAACAUGCCAACAACAUGAAGGUGACCAUUCCUACAUUGGUGAACAAGACUAUCUUGGCGAAAGCAAUGACGACUCAUCGCCACCGACUAAUAGGCGGUAUUCCUCGACGCGUGUAUUACCAUGUGACAUUUCAAGGGGUAUCAUCAUCAUCAUCAUUGGAUCCAUUCUUUUGCUUAUUUCACGAUACAGACGAGGUGGUAGGUUUUGACAAGGAUUUGAAUUGUCAUCAUGGCAAGUUAUGGUACGAAGAUGAAGGCAUCAUCACAGAUAGUUCAUGGGAUCAAUUACUGACAGUGGGCAAAACGACCUUGGAUUACCGCUGCCUUCGACCUUCUCCUGUGGGUUACUAUGAUCAGUACAAAACUAAAUACCAUCGUGCAUGGCGACCGUGCCUUUUGAAAACUCUAUAUCAAUGCCAACUCAAGCAAGAUGUCCGCAAAGGUGGUUUGAAAAAAGGUGACUGGUUCGAUUGCGUGUUUGUCUAUGAACAUCGGGAAGAUGAUACUAUUUGUUUGGAAUUCUGUCAACGUGAUCGCCAUCGUUUACAAAGUCAAGGUUUCUUAUUGUUUUCCGAACACCAUAUUGAGUGGAUUGGAUAG